AUGGCCGGCGGACGAAGGAAUGGGCACCGAGUGCUGUGUUGGCUCUGUGUGCUGCUGACGGUGGAGAGAGUGCCCGGGGCCUGGGGCCUGUCUACAGAGGCCCACACCAGCCCCCCAUUUCCAGCCUCAGGCGUGAACCAGACCCCCGUGGUAGACUGUCGUGACGUGUGCGGCCUGAACGCCUCCGACCGCUGCGGCUUCGUCCGGACCAACCCUGACUGCCGCAGCGAGGGCGGCUACCUGGACUACCUGGAGGGCAUCUUCUGCCACUUCCCCCCCAGCCUGCUCCCCCUGGCCAUCACCCUCUACGCUCUCUGGCUGCUCUACCUGUUUCUGAUCCUGGGAGUCACCGCCGAGAAGUUGUGA